UCGAAGAAGUGUUCAACUCUACGUUUUCAAGCUUCUUCUAUACCUUAUCGAGUGAAAAGAAAAAUGGCACAAUACGGAGAUCAGAAAUACGAAGGAGAAGGUCCGCAAACAGAUGAGUAUGGCAACCCAAUUCCAAAAACUGAUGCGUACGGAAACCCACUUCACUCUACCACCGAGAAAACCAAGGGUGAAUAUGGUGUAACUGGUCACCAGGGUCUAGGUCACGCCACCGGAGCAACUAAAUCUUAUCAAAACAAACCUAGCGCCACCCCUUAUUCCGGCAGCGACAUUGGCACAGGAACUGGUGCAGGCUACGAGGGACUUGGAGUCGCUGGUCACAAGCAAUCUAGUGCCAGCACCGGCAUGGGCACGGACAUUGGCACUAAAACUGGGACAGGCUACGAUCAACAUAGCGAAGAAGGCUAUGAGAAGCUUGUUGGUGCUCACAGCACAGACGAUCAUCAAAAGGUCUCCACAACAAAGGCUGGCGGCUUUGCUGGUGGUUAUGGGGAAGGAGGGGAAACCGAAGAGAAGAAAGGGGUGAUGGAGAAUAUCAAAGAAAAGCUUCCUGGUUGUAAAAACACAGACGAGCAUCAAAGGGUUUCCACAACAACAGUAGGCGGUGUUGGUGGUGGUGGUUAUGGGGAAGGGGAAACCCACGAGAAGAAAGGAGUGAUGGAGAAGAUCAAAGAAAAGCUUUCCGGUGGUCAAAAUACAGAUGGGCAUCAAAACGUGUCCACAACAACAGCAGGCGGCAUUGGUAGUGGUUAUGUGGAAGGAGGGGAAACUCACCAGAAGAAAGGGAUGACUGAGAAGAUCAAAGAAACGCUUCCCGGUGGUCACAACACAGAAGAGCAUCAAAGGGUGUCCUCAACGACAGGCGGCGUUGGUGGUGGAUGUUAUGGGGAAGGAGGGGAAAGGCACGAGAAAAAAGGGGUGAUGGAAAAGAUCAAGGAGAAGCUUCCUGGAAAUCAUUAGAUCCUAUGAUAUCUUUGUGACGAUGAUGCAUAUGUGUAUAUAGAAUAAUGAGAUGAAAAAAUAACAAUCUAGUAUUGUUGUCCUUUGUCAUGUAUGUUGUUGAUGGAAGCAAGUAGAGAGGUGGGAGUGAAGCAUUGUAUUGUGUGUUAUCACGUAUGUAAUUUGUUUUAGUUGUAUUGUGUUUAAUUAUGGAAGAUACUUUGGUUUCUUAAAGCUUAUAGUUGAUUUUUUUUUAAAGAGCGGUUAGUGGUUAGAAGUUAGUAUCACCAAGUUAGUAGAAUUCGACAACGUAAUUCCAGACUUCUAGUCUAAGAGGCAAAGCCUCUACCCAGUAGGCUGGUCCUAGUCCCACAUUGGCUCUAAUAUUGUUUUGAUGGACGAUGUUAUGUGCAAUUAUAAACAGGCAUCGUAAAUUUUGGAAUAACGAAUCA